AUCAACAGCGCCACCAUGCGACGUUCCGGCAGACAACACAUCACAGCCAACAUGUCAGCGAAAAAGAUGGCCGCAAUUCACUGGCUCGACAUCCUGGAGAAAGAGUUCGACAAAGCCUUUGUCGACCUGGAUAUCCUCCUUGGGGAGAUCGACCCUGACCAAUGCGAGAUCACCUAUGAAGGCAGGCGGAAGAUGACGGCCCUCAGCGCCGCUUUCGCUCAGCUUUGCCACAAGGGACAGACCAUUUUCCAGAACAACGCCAAACUUGAGGCGCAGGUCAUGAAUCUCCGAGCAGACCUGUGCGAGGUCAGAGCGACCAAGUCCAUCCUGGAGAAGGAACUGCACAACCAGCUGCUGCAGUUACACGCUGUCCAGCUGCAGCUGCACGCCAAGACGGGACAGAGCGUGGACUCUGACGCUAUCAAAAAGAGACUGGAGCAAGAAAUGGAAUCCUUCAAAGCCGACGGGAUGAAAGAGGCGAGGAUGGAGGCGGAGCUCAAGGAGUAUCAGAAGGAGAACGCUGAGCAAAGACAACACAUCAUGGCGCUUCAGGGCGAGGUGUAUGGAGCAAGGCUAGCUGCCAAGUAUCUGGACAAGGAACUUGCAGGCAGAAUCCAACAAAUACAACUCUUGGGGCGGGACCUGCGGGGCCCGGAACAUGACAAAUUGUGGAACCAACUUGAGGCAGAGAUCCAUUUACACAGACAUAAGACAGUCAUCAGGGCUUGCAGGGGCCGGCAGGGGUAUCGGAACAGACUCCCACAGCCACCGGGACAUGAUGAUGCGAUCAGUCACCGUGGUGUCGGUGAAAAACGGACCGUGCUGAUAGCCAAAGAAGAGGACGAAGGUCUAGGGAUGUCCAUCACGGGUGGCAAAGAGCACGGCGUUCCCAUCUUGAUCUCCGAGAUCCAUGAAGGUCUCCCCGCCGAUCGCAGCCAAGGGUUGUAUGUAGGGGACGCCAUCCUGUCAGUCAAUGGAAUCAACCUGCGUGACGCCAAGCACACUGAAGCGGUGGAUAUACUCUCCCAACAGAAUGGUGAGAUUAGCAUGGAGGUCCAGUUUGUUGCCCCUGAUUCAGACAGCGACGAUGACAACGACGAAAUCAUUGAUGAGAAUGGUUACAGUUAUCCCGUUUAUGAGGAAAGCGAAGAGGAUUUACUAAGCUACCAGCAGCCUAGUGAGGACAGCCCCCCACGCUCCCAAGCCACCAGCAACUCAGCCACCCCACUCCACGAUAACAGCCCAUCGACGUCAUCGAGCCACCCGGGGCGGAGUACCAGCCACUCCCCAACGAAGAAGAUAGCGAAAGCAGCAGGGAUGAAGACACAGUCACCAGCCACGCCGGGUGCCAGCGGUGGUGGGGCGCGAGCCGCGGGGAAGGCUUCGUCAACACGCGAGGCACGGCAUUCCACGUCCAGCCAAUCAUCGGAGCGGUCGUCAGCUGCCUCGCUCCUGCAGGGGGACAUGAGCGCGGUGACGGCGCCCUCGACGGAGCCGGGGAACGAGAUGAAGAUGAUGAGCGUGGGCCGCAUGAGCACCAAUGCGGUGCAGGGGUUGCCGUCGGCGGGGAGCGGGGAGGAACUGUUUGGAGCAGACUGAUGAAUAUUCAUUAUUCUAAUGAAUAUUCAUGGUUACAGGUUAUCUCAAUAUUUAUAUUCAUCUGGAUGAACUGUUUGGAACAGACUGAUGAAUAUUCAUCAUUCUCAUGAAUAUUCAUGCAAAUACUGCUUAGCAAGUUUACUUUGCCAAAAUUGGGUAUAUGGUAAUGAGGUGGUAGAUAGGUUGGGGGGUGUAGGAGGUAAUUUUGCCCCCGCCUCUUUUUUCUACCAACAUCCGGUGUUAAACAUUUUAAAAUUCACAAUUUCUGUAUACUAAGUCUGUACAAGCUUGUGGUAGGUAAUAUUGUGCUCACUAGCCUGACAUUUUAAAAGGUGCUCGAUGGGGGUUUUAUUGUGCGUAAUACUAAAGCAAAGCAUUGAGUGUAAAGUUUGUGUAACAUUCAGACGGACCAAUUAUUUUAAAGACAGGUUAGGCCCAAAAAAAAAGGUCUCCGGUUUCUG